CGCUGUCCUCCGCGAGCCCAGGGGGCGACAUGGAGCUGAGUUUUCAACUGUGACGUAAAAGGGUGAAAGGUUACUAGCUUGACGUCGCUACAUGUGUUGUUGAUGUUGCGCUCCAACCGCAACAAACUCCAACAAACUGCGACUGUCGGUGUCGUGUCCUGAGUCGUGAUGAGGAACUUAAAGCUGCUGAAGAGCCUGCAGAGUUCAGAGCUUCAGGGCCCGGGCUCACCGCAGUGUUUGUCGCUACGCGUCGAUGCCGGCACAGUACUGGUCGCCUCCCAGUACUCCAUCGCGGAGUUCAACCCUCAAACCGGACAGGUGGUAAGCGAGGGCUCACUGACUGCAGAAGGCUACCUCCCGGCAGACGGCAGCGGCUGCGUGGUUGGGCUGCAGGACCUGGCGGAGCUCGAGUCGGCGUGUUUGGCCACGGCCGGCGGCGAUGUCGUCGUCUUUGACCUCGACACCGGCCGGUUGGAGUGCGUCGGCAGUGUAGCCACCGGGCUGACCGCCAUGAGCUGGAGCCCUGAUGAAGAGCUCGUUAUUUUCACCACCGGUGAGGAAACCAUCAUCAUGAUGACCAAAAGCUUCGAGCCCAUCACAGAGUUUGCGAUUCAUCAGGAUGACUUUGGUGAAGGGAAGUUCAUCACAGUGGGCUGGGGCAAGAAGGAGACGCAGUUCCACGGCUCAGAGGGCAAAGAGGCCGCACAGAGGAAGGCUCAGAACGUCAAGCCGGCGGCAGAGUGGGACGACCGCCGGCCCCGGGUGACGUGGCGAGGGGACGGACAGGUCUUUGCCGUCAGUGGCGUUUGCCCGUGGACGGGGGCCCGCAAGGUGCGGGUGUGGAACAGGGAGGGCGUCCUGCAGGCCACCAGCGAGCCCGUCGAUGGCCUGGAGCAGGCGCUGUGCUGGAAACCUUCCGGUAGCCUGAUGGCGAGCACGCAACGCCAUCCCAACAAGCACAGCGUUGUCUUCAUGGAGAAGAACGGCCUGCUGCACGGAGACUUCACCCUGCCCCUCAGAAAAGACCAGGCCAAGGUGAAGGAGCUUCUGUGGAACAACGACUCCAAGGUCCUCGGCGUCUGGUUGGAGGAUUUAACGGCGGGCGAAGACGGACGCAUCGACACUUGCGUGCAGCUGUGGACGGUGGCAAACUUCCACUGGUACCUGAAGCAGAGCCUGGAUUUUGGCACAGACCCAAGUCAAGCUCCGGUGUGCGUUUGCUGGGACCCCGAACGGCCCCUGCGGCUGCACCUGGUCACCCGCGGCCGGACCUACCUGGCCUACGACUGGGGCUGGACGACAGAAAGGAGCCAGUGGACUGGCGCCUUGGACGACGCCGACGUGGCCGUGAUUGACGGAGACAAGAUCCUGGUGACCUCCUUCAGGCAUAGCACUGUUCCUCCACCCAUGUGUUCCUUUGAACUCCAGCUCAGCUCACCUGUCAAUCAGGUGACCUUCCUCUGCCAACCUCAGCGGACCAAUCAGCUGGCAGCAUUCACCGCUAAUGGAAACAUAGCCGUCUACGGCCAAGAUUCUGGAGGAGAACCUGAGAAAGUAGCAAAUGGAUUCAGAACUGUGACUCGUCCCCUGGUCCUCCAGAAAACCUUCAGUGUCGCCUUCCACCAGCAGGCGCCGCUGUCUCUGCGACAUCUGCUGUGGCUCCAGGGCGAUCUUUUCAUGGCCGUCGGCUCAGGUCUGCUGCCCACCUCCUCCGCCCUGAUGGUGCUGUGUCCCGGCCAGGACGCCGACACGCUCUCCGUCAGAUGUCGUCUGGAAGUGGACGGCGUCGUGAUCAGCUUGGUCCGCCGCUGUAGCACGCAGUCGUUGGCUCUACAGCUGGAGGACGGACGCAUCAGGAAACUGCUCUGGGGUCAGCCGGCAACAUUCACACUAGGCCGACUAUUAUGUGCUCCAGAUCCGAAGAAGAGUUGGACCAUGGCACGGCGCAAUUUGUUAGACGCGUCAUACAGUUACUGUGAUUAUUGUGCCGAGCUGUCUCUGGAGGAGUGGCGUGACUCCAGCGGGUGCCUCGUCAACUUCCCCGUGCCGUGCCCUCAGAUGGCCCUCUGCAGUGUGGAUGGCCAGGAGUGUGCGCUGGGCCUGACGGACAGAGCUCGCCUGUUCGCCGCGGACGUGGAGCUCGCCUCCAACGUGUCGUCCUUCGCCGUGUGCGACGACUUCCUGGUUGUCACCACGCACUCGCACACGUGCCGCUGCCUUCGACUGAGCGCGCUCGGCCUUAAAGGGCUGCAGGCAGCCUUGGCCCGGGACGGCGGGCAGAACGACGAGACCCUGCGGCGAGUGGAGCGGGGGUCCCGCGUGGUCACGGUGGUGUCGCAAGACAUGCGAGUGGUGCUACAGAUGCCGCGUGGGAAUUUGGAGACGGUCCACCAUCGAGCUCUGGUGCUGGCUCAGCUCAGGCAGUGGCUGGACAGUUUGAGGUUCAGGGAAGCUUUCGAGUGUAUGAGGAAGCUGCGCAUCGACCUCAACCUCAUUUACGACCACAACCCAAAGGUGUUCCUGGAGAACACGCGCACGUUUCUGGCGCAGCUCGACUCCAUCAACAGCAUCAACCUGUUCCUCACAGAGCUCAGGGAGGAGGACACCAGCAGCAGCAUGUACCCUCGGCCCGAAGGACGCCCGCAGCUCCGGCGGCAGGCGCACAUCUCCGGACGCAAGAAGGUGGACGUGGUAUGCGACGCUCUUCGCGGCACCAUGGAGGCCGCAGAUCCCAACAAGUUCUGUCUGUCCAUACUGACGGCGCACGUGAAGAAGACAACUCCCGAGCUGGAGAUCGCCCUGCAGAAAGUCCACAAGCUUCGGGCGAAUCCUCCUGAAGGGGACGGCGGCGUGAACGCCGAGGAGGCGCUGAAGUACCUCCUCUUCCUCGUCAACGUCAACGAUUUGUACGAGCACUCGUUGGGGACGUACGACUUCGACCUGGUGCUCAUGGUGGCGGAGAAAUCGCAAAAGGACCCCAAAGAGUACCUCCCCUUCCUGAACACGCUGAAAAGCUUGGAAAUCAACUACCAGCGUUACACCAUCGACAAACACCUGAAACGUUACGGCAAGGCGCUGAUACACCUCAGCAAGUCUGGAGAGGAGCAUUUCCCUGAAGCCUUGCAGCUGGUGAAGGAGCAGAAACUGUACAGCCAAGCGCUCCGUCUUUACCCGCCCGACGGCGCUCACUACAAGGCGCUGAGCCGCGCCUACGCCAAGCACCUGCUGGAUCGGCAGCAGGCGGAGCAGGCCGGCCUGCUGCUGUGGCGAUGCGGCGAACUGGACGGCGCCCUGGAGGCCUUCGCCGCCGCCGCCAGCUGGAGGAACGCCGUCUGCGUGGCGCAGCAGAUCCAGAUGUCCGACGACAAGCUCGCCCUGCUGGCCCGAGACUUGGCAGGGAAGCUGAGCGAACAGCGACGCUACACGGAAGCCGCCGUGCUGCUGGACCAGUACGCCAAAGACUACGAGGAGGCCAUCUUGGUGCUGAUCUCCGGCGCGGCCUGGGAGGAGGCGCUACGACUGAUUCACACGCACGACAGAGCAGACAUCACGGAGACGGACCUGAAACCCGCCCUGUUUGAAGCGGCCAGCGCGCAGACGUUCCUGGUGGAGAUGCAGGCGGCCGCCUUCUCGCGCCACCGCACGCGUCUGGCGGUCGUGCGUCAGCGGAAGGAGGACAAGGCCCGGAUGAACGUGCCGGAAGACGACGGCCCGGACUGCGCAGACGCCGAGCUUUACUCCGAGGCGAGCGGCGUCACGAGCGCAUCCGAGUACUCUCACAGCAACUCGCGUGUCUCCUCGAGGUCUUCAAAGAACCGCCGCAAGGCCGAGAGGAAGAAGCUGAGCCUGAAGGAAGGAAGUCCCACGGAGGAGCGAGCGCUCACGUACGCCCUCGGAGAGAUCGUCACCUCCGUGGACAAGAUGAGAGGUGAACCUUCCUACGCUCGAGGCACCGUCGACACGUUUUGCCGAUUCACGUUACUGGGGUCGGGUUGCCUGUUUGCUCUGUUUGCCGCAGAGGAGGUUCGGGCGCUGCUCGAGGCUCUCGUGCUGUUCCGCUCGGACGAGCGAGCCGAGGAGCUGCAGCUCGUCUUCCAGGAAGCUCUGCGCGCCAUGGAGGAGGCCGUCCCGGAAGUGUGGCCUCAGGGCGCGCGCGGCGGCCGCGCGCCGCUGAUGGGACCGAGCUCCACGGCGAACAGCAUCACGGCGUCCUUGCAGCAGCCGCCGCCCGCGUCACAACAAGAUGUUGAGAUUUCAACUCCACCUACGAUGAGAAGCGCCGUCAAGUGGAAGCUGGACCUUUUUGAAACUAAUUCCCCUUUUGUGUUUGUUUGACUGUAAAAGACAAUAAAAGUGAUACUUGCAACAGUCCUUCA